UAUCAUCACUCAUCACCAUCAAAAGACCCCAUUUUGAAAGCUCCCAAAAUUCCAAAAUAUCAUAUCCUACUUUGAAACAAAGUGUUAGAGAAAGAGAGAGAGGAUGGCAUUGAGAAUGGCAGUGUGUUUGAUAGCAGUAUUAGGUUGGUUUGAAGUAAGAAAAGGAGCAGUUUAUAAGGUGGGAGAUUCAGCAGGCUGGACUACCAUUGGCAAUGUUGAUUACAAGCUCUGGUCUUCCACUAAAACAUUUCAACUUGGAGAUGUUAUUGUAUUCGAGUACAACCCUCAAUUCCACAACGUGAUGCAAGUGAUCCACUUGGAGUACAAGGCGUGCAACGCAUCAUCCCCCAUCUCCACCCACACCACGGGCAACGACUCCAUCACCAUCAACACUCACGGCCACCACUUCUUCGUCUGCGGUGUCCCCGGCCACUGCCAAUCUGGCCAGAAAGUCGACAUCAACGUGCUUCGUUCGCCUUCUGUUAAGGACCUAAAUCCUUAACGUCGAUUUCCACACAAAAUCAAGAAACGAGAUGUCGUCGUUGUCGAGCGCCUAACGUUGGGUCGUGACUUGGACGGCAAAAAAGGGGCGGUUGAGCGCGAG